AGCAAAAGUGAAAGGAGAAAAAGGAAAAGGAAGACGAGAGUAAAAACUCCGAAAUCAUAGUGAAGUGUGAUGUAAGUUUGGUUUGCCUACCGUCGCCGGCAAAACGUCGAAUGAUUCUUUCACCACUACCGCCGCCACCACCACCACCUAUGCCUAUUCCUUGACAAUCACCCACUCUUUUCUUUCUUCCUUCGCACCCAUUCUUCUUCAGAGCUCAGAUGAUGGCGGGAAGAGACCCGGCGCCGCCGCAGCAUCAUCAUGAAAUACUAAUCCGGGUCAACUCACGGCGGGGCGGCAACACAAUCCACCCGCUGGAGCCGGAAGCGCCGCCUGUCCCCAUCGAUUACAGUGACAACAAUAUCAAGCAUUUCAAGAAAUGGUUCUCCUGGUUGGUUCCCUGUUUUGUUGUAGCCAACGUUGUCGUGUUCGUGAUCACAAUGUUCCUGAACAACUGCCCCAAGAACUCGGUCUCUUGCCUUGCUCGUUUCCUCGGGAGAUUCUCCUUUCAGCCCUUCUCGGAAAAUCCUCUCCUUGGACCUUCUUCCAAUACGCUAGAGAAGAUGGGCGCUCUAGAUGUGAGCAAGGUGGUUGAGGAACGUCAGGUGUGGCGCCUUAUCACUUGCAUUUGGUUGCACGGUGGAGUUUUCCACUUACUGGCCAACAUGUUGAGUCUUUUCAUUAUUGGUAUUCGGCUGGAGCAAGAAUUUGGGUUUGUACGCAUUGGAGUUCUUUACCUCAUCUCUGGGCUUGGAGGAAGUUUGUUAUCGGCUCUUUUUAUCAAGUCGAGUAUAUCAGUUGGUGCAUCUGGCGCCCUUUUUGGACUGCUGGGGGGCAUGCUGUCCGAGCUGUUGAUUAAUUGGAGCAUAUAUGUGAACAAGAUUGCUGUUUUGGUGACCCUGGUGGUCAUCAUUGUUAUCAAUCUAGCAAUGGGGCUUCUCCCGCAUGUGGACAACUUUGCUCAUAUUGGAGGGUUUCUCUCCGGUUUUUUCCUCGGUUUUGUGUUUCUAAUCCGCCCCCAUUUUGGUUGGGUUAGCCAGAGAUACGCCCCUACUGCAUAUUCAUCAUCAAGACCUAUACCUAAAUUCAAGGCAUAUCAAUUGGUUCUCUGGGUUUCCUCCAUUAUCCUUCUCAUUAUAGGCUUCACGACUGGCCUUGUUAUGCUUCUCCGUGGAGUAGACUUGAACGAGAAAUGCUCUUGGUGCCAUUACUUGAGUUGUGUUCCUACUCCAAGGUGGAGCUGCAAUAGAGAGCCCGUUUCAUGUCUGUCGGAGCAAAACGGCGAGAAGCUUAGGUUAUCAUGCUCAAACAGCAGUAAAAGCAGAACAUAUGAGCUGCCAAAUGCAAGUGCAUCUCAGAUUCAAGGGCUAUGCAGUCAGCUGUGCAGGAGAUGAUUAUAAAUUUUAUGGGUGAAUGUCACAAAUUGCUUCUUGUGUUAGAUAGGCUUAGAGAGUAGAGGUUAGUAUCAUCCCAAAACUGUACCCUGCUUUUACAUCUUCUCAUCUGUAAAUUCAUUCAUUGAGGAGGAGGAUCGAAAAGAGGCAAACAAUAACCUAAGAA